AUGACAAACCUGAGGCUGAAGUCUCCUCACCACAGAAGGACCUUUGUUCACACUCCUCACAUAUCUGUGGAUCCAGUCCCUGAGCUCACCUCAGACCCAGUCCCUGAGCUCACCUCAGACCCAGUCCCUGAGCUCACCACCUCAGACCCAGUCCCUGAGCUCACCUCAGACCCAGUCCCUGAGCUCACCUCAGACCCAGUCCCUGAGCUCACCUCAGACCCAGUCCCUGAGCUCACCUCAGACCCAGUCCCUGAGCUCACCUCAGACCCAGUCCCUGAGCUCACCUCAGACCCAGUCCCUGAGCUCACCACCUCAGACCCAGUCCUUGAGCUCACCUCAGACCCAGUCCCUGAGCUCACCACCUCAGACCCAGUCCCUGAGCUCACCACCUCAGACCCAGUCCUUGAGCUCACCUCAGACCCAGUCCCUGAGCUCACCUCAGACCCAGUCCCUGAGCUCACCACCUCAGACCCAGUCCUUGAGCUCACCUCAGACCCAGUCCCUGAGCUCACCACCUCAGACCCAGUCCCUGAGCUCACCUCAGACCCAGUCCCUGAGCUCACCUCAGACCCAGUCCCUGAGCUCACCACCUCAGACCCAGUCCUUGAGCUCACCUCAGACCCAGUCCCUGAGCUCACCACCUCAGACCCAGUCCCUGAGCUCACCACCUCAGACCCAGUCCCUGAGCUCACCUCAGACCCAGUCCCUGAGCUCACCUCAGACCCAGUCCCUGAGCUCACCACCUCAGACCCAGUCCUUGAGCUCACCUCAGACCCAGUCCCUGAGCUCACCUCAGACCCAGUCCCUGAGCUCACCACCUCAGACCCAGUCCCUGAGCUCACCACCUCAGACCCAGUCCCUGAGCUCACCACCUCAGACCCAGUCCCUGAGCUCACCACCUCAGACCCAGUCCCUGAGCUCACCACCUCGUCACCUCAGUGCACAGUGGUAAAGAAGUGA